GGGAGUAAAAUGGAAUAGACAAAAGCAAUAUAAAAACACAAAACUACGUCGUUCCAACGCCCUUUUCCAAUUAAAGCCUAACAUCCCAAGAAUCAAUUUCAUUUUUCUCUUCUUCGAUUUCUCAUACAUCUCAAAACCUAUGGCUACUUCAUUGACAAUGGCGGCUCGUCGAGUUGCAGCCUUCAAUCGAUUACCCACCUCAACCACUUCCACUCUUGUUCAGCGCCGCAGCUUUACCGGCGCAGCUGAUCAUCAUGGGCCCCCUAAGGUCAAUUGCUGGAAAGAACCGAUGAAUCCUGCUCAAUGGAAGGAAGAACAUUUUGUGAUUGUAUCUUUGUCCGGUUGGGGCUUGCUUUUCUAUGGUGGAUACAAGUUAUUCACUGGAGGGAAGAAGAACAAAGAAGAGAAUUUGGUGCAAGCAACACAAUAAGGGUGGGAAUUUACGUGGCAUCAUACUGAGGUUCGGAUAUUUCAAGUCCAAAAUUGAGAAGUUCCCUCUAAUAAUACAACUUAUCAGACAUUCAAUCUCAUUUUAUGAAUUCUCUUUAUCAUUAUAAAAAUUACCAGAGAGCCUGUAAGCUACUAAAUGGUGGACAAAAAUCGGUUGCAUCAAUAGUGCAACACGCUUCUUUCUCUUGUAUACUGUGAUAAAUGGAACUGUUUUUUGUCAA